UAUUUUAUGUUGUAUAUAUAUUCUUUUUGUUUAUAAUGGAUGAGGAGCGUCGUAAUUGGGUUGUUAACACUCAGGUGUUAUAUAACUUUAUAAGUUGUAUCAGUUUACCUCACCAGCCUUUGUCUGUUGACUUCCUUCCAUCACUUCCAUGGUCUCGUGAGAAUGUGGGCGGUAUAUCAUUUCAGCACAUUGCUUGUGGUUUUCAGGGUGACCCUGACGAUAGGACAUCUAUAUAUGUCAUAGAGGUUGCUCUUCCUUCAGAGCCGAUUAAGAAUGACAUUCGUCGUUACAGUAAAUGUGUUGAUUACGAAGGAUUCCCUUUACCUGGUUUCCGUGAGCCUAUGUACCAAUCUGUAUCCAAGGGAUCACUGGGAUGCGACAUCAAUAGUUUAAGAUCUCAUCGUUAUGGUGACAAGUGCUUAUUGGCUGCUAAGUCUCGUGAUGUUUACCUUUAUGACAUUGGCAGUAGCAUUACUGAGAAGCCUGAAAUGGUUCCUAUAUUAACUUUUAAGGACCAUGAAAAGGACGGGUAUGGUCUAUCAUUUCACAAAAACGAACCUAUUCUUGGUUCAUGUUCUGAGGACUGUAUAGUCAACAUUUGGGACGUUGAUGCUGGGCGCCUGACUUACAACUUCCAAUACCAUGAGUUGUUAAACUCGAUAGAGUUUUUGGAUCACGAGCGCAGGUGUUUGGUAUCGUCUGACGGGGGUCACGUAUUGGUUCUUGACUUCAACAGUCCGGAACCCGUUGCUAAGACUGCUGCGGUUUCUGGUGCUAUAAAUGCCUUGACUAACCAUUACCUUAACCCUGAUUUGUUUUUUACUGGAUCUACUAUUGGUACAAUCCACAUUUGGGAUUACCGUCGUCUUGACCAGCCUAUUCACGAGAUUAAGGCUCACGGCUCACCUAUAAUUCGUCUUCAGGUGAAUGGUUUAUGUCCCACUUUGCUUGGCAGUGCUGCUGAGGACGGUUGUGUGCGUAUAUUUGACCUUGAGGCGGUUCAUAGUGACUUUGAGGUUGAUGACGGCGGUGACGACGCUGAGGAUGACAGUGACCCUAAGGAGUUGAUAUUCACUCACACUGGUCACGACGACCAGGUAUUUGAUUUUUGUUGGAGCAAUGCGGUUACUACUGAGGCGUUUAUUGCAUCUGUUGGUGGCGACUACGGUCUACAAUUAUGGCAGAUAUCUGACAAUGUUGUUAGUUACUCUGACGAGGAGGACGACGGAUCUACAUGAUUAAAUAGUUAUUCUUUUGCUCUGAAUAGUGUGUCGAAGUUUGCUCUUUGUAGGUCUUCUGCACCGAAUGGCGAUGGUUGGUAUGCGAGUGCUUCUACUGCGCAUCCGGCUUCUCCGUUGAUGGUUAUACGUCUAACCAUUAUAGCAGCAUGCUUGUGUUCACUCUUGGGUGCGAAAAUAACCGCCACAGGUGGUUUUUUGCUGGUGGGUGCAAUUACAAAUGUGAAUCCCGCACCAAUUUUCGGUAACACUCUGCAGUUCUUGAACAGCACGGACCCUAUGGCUACAUCUGGGUGUUCAAUGGGCUU